CUGGGAUGGAAUCAGGCUAUGCUUGUUUCUGUGGAAACAAUCCUGAUUACUGGAAGUAUGGGGAGGCAGCCAGUACUGAGUGCAACAGCGUCUGCUUUGGGGAUCACACUCAGCCCUGUGGUGGCGAUGGCAGGAUCAUCCUCUUUGACACUCUCGUUGGUGCCUGCGGUGGGAAUUACUCAGCCAUGACUUCUGUGGUCUAUUCCCCUGAUUUUCCUGACACCUAUGCUACGGGGCGGGUCUGCUACUGGACGAUUCGGGUUCCAGGAGCCUCCCACAUCCACUUCAACUUCACCUUAUUUGACAUCAGGGAUUCCACAGACAUGGUGGAGUUGCUGGACGGCUACACCCACCACGUCCUUGUCCGUUUUGAUGGAAGGAACCGCCCACCUUUGUCCUUUAAUGUCUCUCUGGAUUUUGUCAUUUUGUAUUUCUUCUCUGAUCGCAUCAAUCAGGCCCAGGGAUUUGCUGUCUUAUACCAAGCUGUCAAGGAAGAACCACCACAGGAAAGGCCUACCAUCAACCAGACGCUGGCCGAGGUGAUCACGGAGCAGGCCAACCUCAGCAUCAGCGCUGCCCGGUCCUCCAAAGUCCUCUACGUCAUCACCACCAGCCCCAGCCACCCACCUCAGACUGUCCCAGGAUGGACAGUGUAUGGUCUGGCAACUCUCCUCAUCCUCACGGUCACAGCCAUCAUAGCAAAGAUACUUCUGCACGUCACAUUCAACUUCCCUGCCAAGCAGCCCUGGGGGCUGACUCAGAGGAGGGCCGGGUCAGCACUGGAGGUUAGACAGGUCUCUGCUUCAAGCGGAGAAGCUGUCAAGGAAGAACCACCACAGGAAAGGCCUACCAUCAACCAGACGCUGGCCGAGGUGAUCACGGAGCAGGCCAACCUCAGCAUCAGCGCUGCCCGGUCCUCCAAAGUCCUCUACGUCAUCACCACCAGCCCCAGCCACCCACCUCAGACUGUCCCAGGAUGGACAGUGUAUGGUCUGGCAACUCUCCUCAUCCUCACGGUCACAGCCAUCAUAGCAAAGAUACUUCUGCACGUCACAUUCAACCUCUGCGGGGGCACCCUCCUACAGACUGGGAUGCGUGCCAUGCUGCAGGGAAGUACCCGCUAUCGAGAAACGGGCUUUGUCAACAGCAGCUGA